AGCUACCCUCCCACAUCAUGUCUGACGCCCAGCUCGAGAACGGCAACACUGUCGCCGACGCCAACUCGGCCCUCGGCCGUGGCGAGACCAAGGCCCGCCGUGCCCUCUCCAAGCUCGGCCUCAAGAAGGUCGAGGGCAUCAACCGUGUCGUCAUCAAGAAGCCCAAGGGCGCUCUCGUCGCCAUCAGCUCGCCCGAGGUCUUCAAGUCGCCCAUCUCGGACUGCUACAUCGUCUUUGGCGAGGGCAAGCCCGAGGACCCGAGCGCCAACCCGUUCGCCCAGAUCAACCAGAUGGCUCAGCAGGAGCAGUUCCAGCAGCAGCAGGCCCAGCUCCAGCAGCAGCAGGCCGGCGAGGGCUCGGUCGCCGAGGGCAAGGCCCCGGCCACCGACGCCGCCGACGAGGGCGACGUCGACGAGUCGGGCCUCGAGGAGGACGACAUCAACGUCGUCAUGAGCCAGGCCAACUGCGACCGGGCAAAGGCCGUCAAGGCGCUCAAGACGGCCCAGGGCGACAUCGUCCAGGCCAUUCUCGAGGCCAAGUAAACCUUUCGUUACCCCCUCCUCGUAGCAGUCGGACCUCGCAAAAAGAAGCAUCGCACUAUCCC